GUAAAUGGAAUAGGACCGGUCGGAUAAAUGAUCCUCGUGCUCCUUCAGUCUGGUUUGUGUUUUCUCGGGAGGGGCCUUUCUGAACUCAAGAGGAGUGACACUUAAGAUCGUCUGCAGUCAUGGAGUGGAAACCUAUGGAAAUAAACCCGGAGAUGCUGAAUAAGGUAUUAAGUAAAUUGGGUGUGGGCUCGAGUUGGCGUUUUGUGGAUGUUUUGGGCCUGGAAGAUGAGUCUUUGUCAGGGGUGCCUUCACCCUGCUGUGCCAUGAUGCUGCUCUUCCCUUUAACGCAACAGCACGAGGAUUUCCGUUCCAAACAGUCUGUUGACGACUCUAAAAGUGUAUAUUUUCUGAAACAAACUGUGGUCAACUCAUGUGGAACUGUGGGGUUGGUACAUGCUGUGGCAAACAACCAGGACAGUAUUGAUUUUGACAGUGACUCUGCACUGAAGAAGUUUCUGAAAGCCACCUCAGGGAUGUCUGCUGCAGAAAGAGCCAAAGAACUCGAACAGAAUAAGGCCUUCCAGGAAACUCAUGAUGCAGUUGCUGAUGAAGGACCGUGUCCGCCAGAGGGAGACAAAGUCAACUUCCAUUUCAUUACAUUUGUCAAUGUAAACGGUCAGCUUUAUGAGCUAGAUGGCAGAAUGGAUGGACCUGUGAAUCAUGGACCUACAAAACCAGAAAGCUUUGUCAUGGAUGCGGCAAGGGUGUGCCGUGAGUUUAUGGAACGAGAGAAAGGGGAGGUUCGUUUCUCUGCUGUGGCUCUCUCCAAAGCCUGAGAGGAGAUGGACAACUUGGCUUGAACCAUAAGCGGUUUCAGAAAACCCUUAAUGCACAUACACGGAGCACAGAAUCCAAACAUAUACCAUCCCUUGAUACAUGCUACACAAACUGCCUGCCUGUCUGACUGUGAAUUACUGUAAUUUCUAAUUUUAUUUUAUUUUGUCUCCUUAACUACUAUGCUCUUUGUAAACAUCAGUAUUUAUUUUUAGCUUUUGUUGAUGUACCGAAUUUAGUUCUAGUUCUAAUAUUUCUGGGCACUUUUUUAUGGGGGCAACAAUUAGCAGAAAUUUCAUGUAAACUCAAGCUUGGAGGUGUAUGUUCAAAAUAAACAAAACCAAAAAGGAUAA